GUUGAAAUUUAAAUUAAACGGAAAAGACGUUACACAAAACGUGAGAAAUGAAAACCGAGUGAUCAGCCCGACCGUGCGCGAGAUGGGCAUCGUCGGUAGCUUUUUACUUUAUAUAAUUUUUAAUACUGUUUAUCAAGAAUUCAGUGUCUUAUGUAAUUGUAUAUUAGCGAGAUAUACUGUGGAUAUAUAAUUAUUUACUUCUCAUAUAAUUAAAUUGUUUAGAAUAUUAAGGUUUUAAAAAUGAGCACUUAUUCAAAGGACAGGAUCAAAGCGAUGAUUGCAAAAGAUACAGAAGACCUUUUUAAUUGUUGUGAAGAAGUUAAAAAAUCUAUAAGAGACAGUGUAGAUGAUGUUUUGGAUUAUCUCCAAGCUUUAAUAGCGCAAAUAUCUCAAUCAACAUCUGGACCUCUUAUAGCAAAAACUCCAAAGUUAGUGAAAAGGAAAGGAGUUCAACGUAUUGAAACAAUACCAGAAGAUAGUGUAUUAGAUACUACAGAGAUUGUGUUAUUAUCUUCUGUUAAUAAAGAUGUAAAAUUGAAAAAUGAAUCAAAUUUAGAAGAAACUAUAGGUACAAGAACUAAGAGAAAAGCUUCUAAGACUGCAAUAGAUAAUAUAAUAAAGCAGCAAUCUAUAUCGAUAAAAAGUAAAUUACGAAGAUCUGAAAGCUUGCAACAAAAUGAUAAUACAAAUAAGAUACUUUCUGACAAUCGAAUUAAAAGGAGUAAAUCUUCAAGAAGUUCUGAUGAAGAUGAAGAUAAAAGACCAGCAAAACAUACUAAAAUAGAAGAACAUAAAACAAAAAGUAAUAGUCUUAAAGAUGUAAACGAAACAAAUAUUAACAUGGAAAUGAGUGCUGCUGAGGACAAUGCUGUCAAAGUUGAAGAAAAUUGUAUCUCUACUUUAAAACAUCAUGAAUCAAGUGAAAGAAAAAUUUCUAGGGAUAUCCAAAAAGAAAGUGCAGGAAAGGACGAUAUUAUUGAUGAAAUACUUUCUGCUCCUGUUACAGACGACAUUGAUGAGCCAUCAAUGUAUGAAGAUGCAUUACCAAAGCAUCCUCCAAUUAUGAAUUCAACAAUGAAAGUUAGUUCUACUCUAUUAGAUAAAAUGAUGAAUGUGACAGUAGUUUUAGAACCUUUGUCAAGACAAAUAAUAUUAAAUGAAACAGUAACGAUAAAGAAAAGUUCCUUAAAUUCAAUCAGUAAUGAACUUAAUAAUAAACAGCAUAUAGAGGAAAAUAAUAUUAUCAGAAAUGACAAGAAUAAAUUAAGUUCAUGUUAUUCAUCUGAAAUAAAAAUAACAUCUAAAAAUCAAGCAGACAGGGUCCAACAAUUUAAAGAUGCUAUGGCAAAUAAAGAAUUUGAUGAAUUAAUUACGGAUGAUGAAUCUUCACCAGAAAUAAAUAAAGUACGAGAAAAAGUACAAAAUCUUAAAGUAGAUGUAAAUUCAAAAAAGCAAAAGAAAAUAAUACAAUCUCCUUCAACAAGUGAUGAUGAAGUUCUUAAUACACCUGUGAGACCUGUUAUGAAAGAAAAUGCUGCUUUAAAGGAAAUAAGAAGUACAUAUAAAUCAAAUGCUUUAUUUAGUCCUUAUGCCAAGGAAUCUGUUAAAAAACGGGUAGAAGCAUUUGAACAGGUUUGUAUGAGCAGUCCCAAAUUAAAUGACAUAGAUGCGCCGGUGCGAAUAACUAGAACGAAAACACGUGCAAUGGCUGCUGCAGAAGCUGAUAAAACUGUUGCACAAAAAUUAGCUCGUAAGUCCCUUGCAAGAGCAAAAAGAAUUUCUCUGGCAAAACAAGUAAAAGAUGAAGAAUUUAAGGAAAACAAAUUGAACAUAGUAACAAAUAUGGGAACAAAUAAAUUAUUGCAGAAUGAAAAAAUCAAUCCAAAGCAGCGGCAAAAAGUAACUCCUCUUAGCAAACCUAGAAUACAAUUACCAAUGUCUGUGAAUCGUAUUCCAAAAACCCCAGUUAACAAUCAAUUGCUUCCAAACUGUAAAGCUUUAACUGCUUCACGUGCAAACAUUGUAACAUCAGUAGAAUCAUUAAUUCCCAUACCAAGAACAGCUAGCAAACAAAAUUCAAUAGAUAAAAUAGAAGAGAAAAAACGGAAACAGAUAAAUGAUGAAAAUGCAAGGAGGAAAAGAGAUGAAGCCUUGAGACUUCAGACAGAAGAAAAAAGAAGGAAGAGACAAGAGAAAGAAUUAAAAAAUAAAUUAGCACGAGAAGCCAAAGAGAAGCAAGAAUUAGAAAAACGUCAGAGAGCAGAACGAGAGAAGGAAGAGAAAGCGAGAUUAGCGCAACAUUUACAAGAAAAACAACGUGAAGAAAUGGAAAGAAAACGGCUUGCACAAUUACAAAGAGCUCAGGAGAAAGAGGAAAAGAGAAAGCAAGAAGAACAACUGCGAUUACAACGAUUACUUGAACAAGAAGAGGCAGAACGUUUACUUGCAGAGCAAAGACGUAGAGAACAAGAAGCUGAAAAACGACGAGAAGCUGAAGCAAGAGCACAACAACAAGCUGCUAUAGAAGCAAUGCGGUUAAAAGCACAAAUGCUUACAGGACAAGCAAAAAAUAAACAAAUGGCUGCUAAUAAAAAUCAGGGGCCAGUAAAUUACAUUCUUGACAGUGAACCUGAUGACGAUGACUCAGAUGAUGAAUCCAAGCCAAAACAUGUAAUUCCAUAUUGGGCACAACCACAUAUAAGAAAAGCACAACUAGCAAUGCAGCGAUAUAUACCAGAUAUAGCAGUUUAUAAGUUCUUUGAUACUCGAAAAUGUACUCCAGAUUUAACAGAAUUAUUUAUUGGUAUUGAUAGAAAUAGAUUGAAACGUACAUCAAGUGCAAUUUGGAAAACACCACCACGUUAUUCAAUGAUGGAAACUGAAUAGUCUCCUUUCAAUGAAACUGAUAUUUAAUCACAGCUCUAUUAAUAUUAUUACAUAUAUUAAGCAUAACAUGUUUAAUACUAUUAAACUGUUUAAGAAUUUUUUGUGCUUUGUAACAUAUAAGUUCAAGGAUUUAUGAAUUAUCUGAUGUACACAUACACAUAAUGUGUUCCCAUCGACGUACGUAUGUUGUAAUUUUUAUUAAAUUUUCGUAAUAAUAA